AUGGCGAACAACCAAGCUGUCCAAGAAGUCAACGAAGCAGACGUUCUUCGUGCCAUAACUUACCACCGCCGAGACUUCGAGCUGGCGGUAAUUAGAAUCAGACCGUCCGAAAACGAGAAAGUCCUACCUGGCAUCAAGGAUGCAUUCAACCGCCCAUUUAAUCCAGCGAAGCCCGGCCCUUUGGACUACCUGCCGGUCGAAAUCUUCCACAAAUGUCUCCUGGGCUUAGACCUCAAGACUCUCUUUGGGCUUCGCCAUGUCAACGCCCGUACCCGCGACAUCGUCAGCACCUUCAAACCAUACCAGAAAGUCAUGGUGUACGCCCAAGAUCUCUACACCUUGGACGACAUCUUCGACGUCCUCCACACACGAGAGUGUACAAUCUGCGGUGCCGAAUUCGGCGGAUUCGUCUUACUCCUCCCUCCCAACCUUACCAGAUGUUGCUUUCCUUGUGUCCGCACCAAAUCCGAAGUCGGCAUACAUGUCAUCGACCCCAUCACCCGUCGCUUCAGCUUCGAGCGCGAUUACGAGCUAAUCACCCUCGCUGAGGCCCACAACCUCUAUGGAGUGAGCCCAGCAGUUCUGCGCCGCGAAAACGUGCCCAUCUUGAAAUCACUCCCCGGGGUGUAUGGCCUGAAAGAAAAGGAGCGUAAAAUGCGCCACUCGCUCGUGCACGACAAAGCGGUCCGCGAGCUCAGCACAAACCACAAACGCGGCCUUCCCUGGUCGGAUACAUCUCAACGCAGUGGGGAGAUGUUCCUGCGGUGGUGCAUGGCGACGAUUGCACUGCCUUGGGUGGAUCCGGAGACUGGGGAGAUUGAUCGUGGGGUCUCGUGCAGGGGCUGUCAAUGGCGGUUUGAGCAGGUCUCGUCUGACGAGAGAAGUUUCGGAUCGUUGUCUGCGCCCAGAGAUAAGGUAUACUCGAAGUAUUGGUUUCUGGUGCACUUUUGGGGUUGUACACAUGCGAAUAAGCUCUGGAAGGAGAGUAAGGAGGGGACGGUGGUGGUGGGGGAUUCGGAGUUUGUGCGUCGGGGUGGCUUUAUCAAAGACCGGAAAGAUGAUAUUGCCUUGAAGGUGGUUGCUAGAAAGAGCGAGCCCUAAUUCUACGAUUGGAUAGGCAGCAUCGCUGCGGAUUUUUACUGGAUGGUGGUUUCCAACGACAUCUUGACGCCGAUUUGGUCGCUGUCGAGGAGUUGGUCGGCUCGUGAAGUUUAGGUUCCAGUCGAGGGAGCGUGGUUGGAUAGGCGUUGGAUCUUUUGCUGUGGUCAUGGGGGAUAUCUGGAAAUUUGUGACGGGGCAAGGACAUUUCGCUCAGGGAUAUCUACUUUCAAGAUGGACACUGGAAC